AAAUUUAUUUAUACUCCAAAUUGCACGCAAGUUUUAGGCCUUUCUCCCAUAUUCCCCCGCACCUCAAUUUAUACUUCCUUUCCUCUCCCAAAUUUCAUCCUCAAAAACAACCACAACAACAAAAACUCAAUCAAAAUUUCUAAACAACUUUUAAAAGAUGCAAGUUUACUUGGAUAAUUUGAUUUCAAACUCAACCUUUCCAUUCCUAUCACAUCCCACUUCUUCAAUUCAAUCUUCCUCCUCCUACCUCCCUUCAAAUCGCAUUUCCUUCCAAACCCCGCCACCAUUUUCAUCCUUCAAAGCUCGAGCAACCCUCAACAAUGGCGGAAUCACAAAGCCCAUCUCAGAGAUGACCUUUUACGAGCUUCUCGGUAUCCCAGAAACGGUCGAUUUGUCUGAUAUUAAGCACGCGUACAAGCAACUCGCGCGCAAGUAUCACCCUGAUGUGUCGCCCCCGGAUUUAGUGCGGGAGUAUACUGACCGCUUUAUUCGUGUUCAAGAGGCGUAUGAGACGUUGUCUGAUGCUCGAAUGAGGGCUAUCUAUGAUCGGGAUAUGGCGCGCGGACUUCAUCUUGCGUUUUCUGCUCGGAAGAAGAUGAACCAGUUUGAUGAUGAGGAAAUGGAAGACAAAAGUGAGUGGAAAGGUCGUUGGCAAAGCCAAGUAUCAGAACUAAAGAAGAGAAGCAUGUACAAAGAUGCUAAGAAAAACACAUGGGGAGCUAGAAUGCGCCGUCAAAGGAGUGAAUCAUAUCCUUAACCACGAUUAUAACGAUAAGACUCACUAUGUAUAUAUCUGUGUUUUUUUUGUUCAGUUUCCACUCUUUUAAGUUUUACUUGGAAUCGGACGAAUUCAGGCAAUGAUGUCGUCUCAUUUCCCUAAUUUUAUCGUCCAUGGGAUCAAUUAAUUAACAUACUGCAUAUAUUUAUACAUCUACUCUUUCUUGCUCGA